AUGAAAGACCAUUAACAGAUAUGUAGUUAAUUAUUUAACUAUUAAACAUGUAUGCAAAGUAUACUUUGUAGGCAGAGUUGACUCUUUCUGUUUCAUGAUGGUUCCUGCCAUUACUCAAUUCCAAAUGUAAUACAGUAAAGAGCUCCCUACGUACAUGAACUUUGAGUUCUUACAAUGCAGCUGUCUUUGUAUUGCUGAUAAAAUUGAACCAAUGUUUUCUUUUCAUUCCCUCUUCCAGUGAAGACACAAGCAUGGAGGCUGAGAGUGAUCAUCAAAAUAAAGAUGCAGUGGAGAGUCCGCCAGAACAUCAAAAUGAAACAGAACAAAAUCCAGUUACUGUACAGGAAGAAAGACCUAUUGAGAAAAGAACUUCUGAAAGUGAUGAUAUGGAAGAGGAAGAAAGAGAGGAGGAAGAAACGGAACAAGAUACAGCAGAGCAGUUUGCACAAAUCAAGGAAAGGAUUCAAAAAUCAAAACUGUACUUGGAUGUAGAACCUCAUCAAUGGCCUAUAAUCUACUCACCUGAUUACAAUAUUAGCUUCCUUGGAUUUGAGAAAUUGCAUCCAUUUGACUCAGGAAAAUGGGGAAAAGUCUACAGCUUGCUCAAAAAGGAAGGCAUGUUGUGUGAUGAAACUACAAUCUGCCCAUUAGAAGCCACUGAAGAUGAUCUUUUAGUAGCACAUACAAAGCAAUACAUUUCUCGUUUAAAGAAGGAUAUAUCAGAGGGCUUUCCUAAGUGGAGCAUUUCUGUAGCUGGUAUAACCGAAGUACCUCCAGUUGCUCUUCUUCCAAACUACAUCGUUCAAAAGAAGGUGUUACGGCCGCUCAGAUUACAAACAGGGGGAUCCAUACUAGCUGCCAAACUAGCCAUGGAGAGGGGAUGGGCUAUCAAUAUAGGUGGUGGCUUCCAUCAUUGUUCCAGUAAGCAAGGAGGGGGCUUCUGUGCUUACGCUGACAUCACCUUGGCUCUUCGCUUCCUCUUCCAUCAAGGUACCAUCAAGAAGGCCAUGAUCCUGGACCUGGACGCGCAUCAAGGCAACGGCCAUGAGAGGGACUUCAUGCAAGACAAAGAGUCGGUCUAUAUACUGGAUGUCUACAACAGGCAUAUAUACCCCCGGGAUGGAUUUGCAAAAAGGGGCAUUAGUCGAAAGGUAGAAGUGAAUUAUUUCAUCGCUGAUGAGCAGUAUAUGACAUUGGUAGCAAGUAACCUAGAAGCAGCAUUGAAUGAGUUUGAACCUGAUAUACUGGUCUACAAUGCUGGUACAGAUUCCCUAGAAGGGGACCCGCUUGGAGCUCUAUCUAUAUCUCCUCAGGGAAUAAUCAGACGCGAUAUGAUGGUGUUUGAAUUUGCACGCGACCGACCUAAACCCAUUCCGAUCGUCAUGGUGACGUCCGGAGGUUACCAAAGAAACAAUGCAGACAUCAUUGCAGCUUCAAUCCUGAAUCUAUGGAGGAGAGGACUGAUAUCAUGUACAGAAGCAGAAGAAUUUCAAGCCAAGCAAGAUGGACCCUCAUCAAGUUCUAGACAAAGCCCAGAGGGAGAAGAGACACCUUCCACAUCAAACUCAGAGUCUACUCCACAAGGGAAUAGAGGCUUCUUCAGAUCAUUCCUAGGAUUCUUUGGAAAAUGAUUGGAGUUGGCAUUAUGGCAGUGUUAUCAUAAAGGUAAUGUCUUCCGGGCUUCUGUUCAUUAAAACUUGCCAUCAAUGAUUUAUGGUAAACAGCCAAUCAGAUGGCAUGUUUAUAGUAGCUUAUCACAGUUGUUGUGAUUGUAAUUGACAAUAGACUGUAUGAAACAGGGCCCCGCGCCACACUAAUUUUGAAAAGCAUGAGAAGAAUCUUCAGAGGGUUAUCACUGAAAUUAACUGUAACUUUGCGUAUACAAGAGCCAUGGUUAGCUGUUACAGCAUGAAUUCACCAAAAAAUUGUGUUUAACCAUAUCUGGGCUUUAGAUCCCUACGGAGCUUUUCUAAGUACUAUACAAUAAGCACUGAUAAGCACACAUUGUACUUUUGCAUACUUUCAGUAAAUAAUUAAAAUCACAUGCAGUUCAUGUUCAGUUCACGUUCAUGCUUUGAAAAAAUAUACCAUGACGAGAAUGGGGGGAGGAAGUUAACCUCCUGUGUUAAAUGAAUUAUGGUCUACCUUUACCUUUUAAAAACAGAGCAUUUAGUAUGAGUUCAAAAUACACCAGGGUAUACUUUCCUAACCGUUUUCCCAUGAUUCGCAUUACUUUAUUUGCCUGUGUCCCAGACUGACUUUUGUAAUGUUCAUUUUCUUUUAAUCACAAUUAUCAAGCACAUAACAGCUUUUUGCUUUAAAGUUGCUUUGUUAAGUUAGCUUAUGCUUCCAGUGUGCGGCGAUGUUUGAGCCUUUAAUUUCUGUCUGUAUUGCCUUAUAUCUUUCCUUGCCUGAAAGAGAGCUACAGAUGAAGUUUGUUACUGUGCUAUGUUAAAUAAUUGAGGAAAGUGUUAUUCUAAACUUAUAAAAGAUUUUGUCAAAAAAUUGUAGUGAUUUGUUAUAUUCUGUAUAUUUUGCCUUUUUAAAACUUUGUUGCCUGUAUCCCCUUCAGCAUAAAAGCCCUCAAAGUUUUUUUUUUAAUAAUUGAAUCAUACAUAUAUAUCAAUAGAAAGUUUGUAAAGCCAACAUAAUGAUAAUGUAAUAUGUAGCAUUUCAUUUUAAGAACAAUUUUAGUUGCUUAUUCAAUGGCAUAUGAUUUAUUACCGCAGCUUUAUUAGCUCUAGCUGCUGUGUGUUAUCAAAGUGUCAGAGAAAUGUAAAUAAUGUUUUAACUCUUGUCUAUGAAAUUGGAAAUGCCAAAUGUUUCUAAAAACCUUGAAAUAUGACUUACUUGAAGGAUAAGUGUUCACAAUGAGUGUUAAGUAAAUUUGUUUUCUUUCUUUUUACAAUUCUUGAAAAUAAAAAUAUACAUCAUUGAGGGCAUUAGCAAGAAAUGCCAAACCAGGCUACCAGGGGGCCGUUUCACAAAGCUGUUCGUAAGUUAAGAGUGACUUUAAGAACGACUGGUGAUCCUUUCUUA